AUGUCUACCUCCACAUCCGCCAUCAAGCUUCGCCGCAAGAAGAAUGUCAAGAAGGGAAUCCAGUUCUGCCUGAUGGUUUGCGGUGCCUCUGGUACCGGCCGCACCACCUUCGUCAACACCCUCUGCGGUCGCCAGGUCCUUACUCCACUCGACACCGAUGACCCAACCACCGCACACCUCGAGGAGGGUGUCAAGAUCAAGCCAGUGACUGUUGAGUUGGAGCUGGACGAGGAGGGAACGAGGGUUUCGUUGACCAUUGUCGACACCCCCGGCUUCGGUGAUAGCAUUGACAACGAGGCCUCCUUCAGCGAGAUCUCGAGCUAUCUCGAGCGUCAAUAUGAUGACAUCUUGGCAGAGGAGAGCAGGAUCAAGCGUAACCCACGAUUCCGGGACAACAGAGUGCACGUGCUUUUGUACUUCGUGCAACCCACUGGCCACGGUCUCCGCGAACUUGAUAUCGAGCUCAUGCGCCGUCUCAGCCCUCGUGUCAACGUCAUCCCUGUUAUUGGCAAGGCCGACUCCCUGACCCCAUUGGAACUGGCGGAAAGCAAGAAGCUGAUCAUGGAGGAUAUUGAGCACUACCGUAUUCCAGUCUACAACUUCCCAUACGAUGUUGAAGAGGAUGACGAGGAUACUGUUGAGGAGAACGCGGAGCUGCGUGGCCUGAUGCCGUUCGCUAUUGUCGGCUCGGAAGAGGUCAUCGAGCUCGACGGCAAGCGUGUCCGCGCUCGUCAGUACCCAUGGGGUGUUGUGGAGGUUGAGAACCCAAGACACUCGGACUUCCUCGCCAUCCGAUCUGCCCUCCUCCACUCGCAUUUGGCCGACUUGAAGGAGAUCACCCACGACUUCCUCUACGAAAACUACCGUACCGAGAAACUGUCCAAGAGCGUCGCAAGCGCCAACGAGGGUACUGUCAACACCGAAAGCGAUUCGCUCGACCCACAGUCUCUCGCUUCGCAGUCUGUGCGUCUUAAGGAAGAGCAACUCCGUAGAGAGGAGGAGAAGCUGCGUGAGAUCGAGGUCAAGGUUCAGCGUGAGAUCAACGAGAAGCGUCAAGAGCUGCUUGCUAGGGAGUCUCAGCUCAAGGAACUCGAGAGUCGCAUGGUGCGAGAGCAGACCCCAAGCCAGCCCACCGUCGCCGAGGACGACGAGACCGAGGCUGGCGCUGCACACUAA